AAAAGCUUUUUUUUUGGGGGGAGAAGAAAGGUAUUUGCCACUCUUUUUUCAUAAAUUGGUAAAUAUGACGCGCUUGUCACGUUUAUCAACAUCUUUUUUUCUUUCAACUCGAUUAUUUUCAAAACAACAUUGCUUCAUGUCAACUUCUUCAGUUUCACGUAAUCAUCAGCAUCUUACUGAUGAUUGUAUUUUCUGUAAGAUUAUUCGAAAGGAAGUACCAUCUUUUCAGUUAAUUGAGACAGAAAAAAGUUAUGCUUUUAUGGAUAUUGAACCUUUAAGUGAUGGUCAUUCUUUAAUUAUCCCAAAAUAUCAUGCAAAAUAUAUGCAUGAAUUACCCGAUGAGUAUUUGGCUGAUGCCCUGCCUAUAGCUAAAAAGAUUGCUGCAGCAGGAGGCUUCUCUCAAUAUAAUGUUUUACAGAAUAACGGUCCACUUGCUAACCAAGCGGUUCCACAUGUUCAUUUUCAUGUUAUUCCUAAACCUGAUAAAGAAACUGGUUUAGGUAUUCGUUGGAAUCCUCUUAAGAAGUCUAAAGAUGAUAUUAAAGUCAUGUAUGACAGCAUUAAGGAAAGAUUGUGAAAAUAAAAUGACAAAUAAUUCUCUUUACUAUCGUCAAUGUAUGUAAAUACAAUAAAAAGGAAUUUUUUAGUUUACAUUUA